CAGGUUCCACUUACAGUGUUCUCACGACCAUGCCUUCAGACUCAGAAAGUAGUGGAUCCCUCAGCAGUGUUGGUACGACUAAUAAAGCAUCAUCCCCACCCCCUUCUGCUGCUGACAGUCGUCACAUGACUGAGAAAUUAGACACCAUAUUAUCGCAGCUGAGACAGGUAACACGUGAAAGGGAUGAGCUCCGCAAACGAUUGGCUUUAUCCUCCCCAGGGUCAACAUUUGAUGACUGCAGGCCGAGCCCUAAGUUGUCACCUGAUUAUGAGCGGUUGAAGGUUCAGUGCAUGAAAGCUAUGACUGAGCUUGAAGCGCUACAAAGCCAACACUCGAAGGCACUUAAGAAAUGUGAAGAAGCAGCGAAGGAAGCAGAUUUUUACCACACUCUGCACAGUCGUGUGUUGAGCGACCAAACGCAGCUUCAAGAAGAUAGUGAGAGUCUGCGCCGGAAACAUGCCCAGUUACAGCGUGAGUUCAAUCAUCUGCAGCAAUCCUGUCAGGACCUCAAGAGGAUGCAUGAAGCUGAUCAAAAGGAGAUCUCAGAACUGCGCAGACAACAGCAACUGGUGGUAAAACAGAACGGCUCCUCUGAACUCAUUAACAAGCUGUAUGACACUGCUUUGGACAAGCUUGAAAUUGUGAAGAAAGACUAUGACACUUUGCGUAAACAGUACAAUGAGAAAGUGUCCAGCCAUAAUUUGGAUUUAGGGCGUUUGGAGCAGAGCGAGGAGGAGAAGAGGAGCCUGCAGAAACAGCUAGAGGGUCUGCUAAAGCAGAGGGACAGUGCAAUGCACCUACAACACCAGUACACAUCUUCAAUCAGAAGGUACGACUCCAUCCAGCAGGAGCUGAAUAAAGCAUCUUUACAGAACAAGGAGCUGCAGAGAGAAGUGGAGAGGCUGCAAGCAGAGGCUACACGAUUUAAGACCAUGCAACUUAAGGCAGCCAAAGAUGCCGAGAAAUACAAAGAGGAGAGAGACUCUGUGUUCAAUGAGUAUCGACUAAUCAUGAGCGAGCGAGACCAAGUCAUUAAAGAGAUGGAUAAGAUGCAAACUGAACUUGAGCUAGCACAGGGAAGGCUGAAAAAUACAUCCAGUGAGAAGAGAGUUGCCAGCGAGGAGAUGGAAGCUCUUAGACAGGAACUAAACUCUGCCCUGGUAGAACGGACAGGGCAAUUUUUGAAAGGAAUGAGCUUCUUGAGAAAUAUUGCCAUGAGGUGAAAGACAAGGCAGAAGCACAGAAGGAGUUGGACCAAGCCUGUAAGGACAUAGAGUCUGUGAAAGAAGAACGGGAUGUGGCGAGGAAGGAAAGGACAGAGGCCAUCAUACAGAGGGAUCACUUUCUAAGGGAGUACUAUCAAGUCAGACAGAUUCAGGAUUCUGCCACUCUAGACAUGGAAAGAGCCAACAAAGAGAUUGAGGUCCUAAGGAAGCAGUAUGAAGCCAUGAGCCAUGAACUAAAGGAAGCCACACAGGAGGCUGAAGUAGCCAAAUGCAGGCGAGAUUGGGCCUUUCAGGAGAGGGACAAAAUUGUGGCUGAAAGAGAAAGCAUCCGUACACUUUGUGAUAACCUGCGCAGAGAGCGAGAUCGUGCUGUCAGUGAGCUAGCGGAAGCAUUGAGAAAUCUAGAUGACAUGCGCAAACAGAAGAAUGAUGCCACAAGAGAACUGAAGGAGCUGAAAGAAAAGAUGGAUAAUCACAUUGAGAAAGAAGCCAGAUUCCGCCAGCUUAUGGCUCAUAGCUCUCAUGAUUCUGCAAUUGACACAGACUCACUGGAGUGGGAGACAGAAGUGGUAGAGUUUGAGCGAGAUAGGGAGGAUAUGGACCUUAAGGCUCUGGGAUUUGAUGUGGCAGAUGGAGUAAACGAACCCUUCUUUCCAGGGGACAGCGGCAUUUUUGUGACAAAGGUUGACAAGGGCAGCAUUGCUGAUGGACGCUUAAGGGUGAAUGAUUGCCUCUUGAAGAUAAAUGAUGUGGAUCUCACAAACAAGGAUCGUAAGCAGCUAAUUAAAGCUGUAUUAAGUGGAGGGGAUGUCAUUAACAUGGUAAUUCGUAGAAGAAAGUCCCUUGGCAAUCGAAUUGUCAGUCCUCUUCAUAUCAGCUUGGGUGGCCAAAAAGACAGCGGUAUCUCCUUGGAGACUGGUGUGCUGGUAGCAGCUGUGAUGUCUGGGAGUCCUGCUGCCAAGGAAGGAACACUUAUGCCUGGUGACAGAGUGGUGGCUAUUAAUGGCAUAGCUCUAGACACCAAGUCCAUCACUGAAUGUGAAGCUCUUCUGAGAAGUUGUCGAGAUUCACUUAGUCUUUCUCUUUUAAAGGUAUUUCCACCAAAUACAUCGUGGAGUGGACAAAACCUCUUUGAAAACCUUAAGGAAUCAUGUCGUGUUCUACCAUCAAAUAUUCACACUCAUAAUAAGAGAAACCUGAAGAACAACAGCUCAACACAAACUGACAUCUUCCACCCAGAUAUGAUUGAUCAUAAAAAGGAGAUGGGAGAUUGCAGUGGAUCAGACAGAGCCCUUCAGCUGAGCUGUCACAGCCACUCAGAACAUAGUUUGGGAUCACUUGGGGGAGGUCUUUAUUGGUCGUGGGUAUGACUUGUUAGAAGAAGAAGGACGACCGCUUGGGUACCCAGAUGCUAUUGCGGAUGUUAUAGUUGAUGCACCUACAGGCAAGAGGAGCAGUGGUACAUGGCCUAAAGUUAUGGUUAGCCCAGGACACUCUCAGAAUGAGUUCACAGUCUUCAAGAGACCCAGGCAGAGAAAAAUCCAUAUUUGAUCCAGAUACCUUCAAGAGACCUCAGACUCCUCCAAAACUCACCUAUUUGCCUUCUGGUCCAAUCAUUGUACACUCUCCCCAGCCUUCAAAGGUGGACAGGCCACCAACACCCCCAACUCCUCCAAAACGAAGUGACUCUAUUAAAUUUAAACAUAGACAUCAGUCUAGCUCUGCUUCUGCCACAGUAACUGCUGGCUCACCUCCUACUAGCCCAUCCCCUGCUUCUAUCUCUUCUGGCCAGGAAGGCUCCCACAAGAUACAGCAUAGUAGGGGUGUUGGGAAAUGCUGCAGAGAUGAUGGGACAGACUGUGCCUUGCCAGGAUGCAGAGGUGGUGGGGAAGUAGAAAGCUGUUUACAAAGAGCAGAGGAACCAGAAGUAAAAAGGCCAAGACCACUGUCUGCUCCAGCACUAAAGCAUCGCCUAGCUCCUGUAUCCAUUCCUCAUCAUGCAUUGCAGACUCAGAAGUUCUCUCCCAAUUCAGAGGAUCGCCUGUCUCCUGAUAUAGCUCAUGAGUGGGUGCGUUCCCCCCGCCAUAGUGACAUUUUUACAACUUCCUUGUAUGGAUCUGGUAUGUCAGGUACUGUCCCUCGGAGUCUGGCUCCUUGUCCUGCAGUUACAGCAGUUUGUAGAAACCCAAUCUACACAGCCUGGAGCCACCGUGUACCAUCUAAUAACUGUCCUUCCUCCACAGGCCAAGUCUGCUCACAGCACCUACAUCAGAGUGCACAGCACCAUGGUCGCUUAAGCUUAGACCUGAGCCACAAACACCCCAGCGAGUAUUGUGACACAACUCGUCCCAGAGUAUCCCAUGGUUCCAAUUCUCUCCCCUCCAGUGCUCGCCUGGGAUCUUCAAGAACGGAGCGCAUUAAAAUUCCAUUAACUCCAAGAUAUGUGAGAGGCCCAGUGGGCUCAGAUAGGGGAUCCCUGUCUCAGUCUGAAUGUAGCAGCCCCAGUUUAUCCAGUCCUCCUCAUUCUCCUUUAAACUUGGAAACAUCAUCAUUUGCAAGCAGCCAGUCACAGAACUCCAUCGCCAGCUUACCAAGGAUAUCAAUAAGCACUGUGCCAAUGGGGGAACGAAGGAAAGACAGUCAUUACUACUUCUUCCCUCAUGUUUCAUCUUCCAGAUAUGUUUUCCGCACUAGGUCCUUACUGAGGCUUCCAGCCCGUUCUAGGCCCAGGUUUUCCUCAGUAAGAUGCUUGAGGCCACUAGUGGAUGAGCCUCGACAUGUCCGAGUACAGAAAGGUGCUGAGCCCUUGGGAAUUUCUAUUGGAGGAGGAGAGAGUGGGGGAAUAUUUGUAUCAAAGGUGAUGGCAGGAAGCAUUGCACAGCAAGCUGGGUUGGAGUAUGGGGACCAGUUGUUGGAGUUUAAUGGGAUAAAUCUGAGAAAUGCAACUGAGCAGCAAGCAAGACUGAUUAUUGGGCAGCAGUGUGAUACCAUCACCAUCUUGGCUCAGUACAAUCCUCAUAUGUGCCAACCCCUCCACUCGCGAUCCAGUUCACGACUGGAUGCAAGUACUUCUCAUUCCACGCCGCAUGGAAGUGGAGCGGCGACACCUGACAAUCAUUCCGUUAUUGACACUGUGAGUGAGCAAGAUGAGGGAACUAUGACUCCGCCUUCAAAGGAAACCACACCCAGCACAAGUCCCCGCAGCUCUCUCAAGACACCUAUGGAUGGUGUAAAAAGGCAUUCAGAAGUCCGUACAGUCACCCUUUCUAAAUCCCCAGUAGAGCUUGGAAUGCAGAUCUGUGGAGGUAAUCUUUAUGGGAUAUUUGUGAUGGAUUUUGAUGAGGAGAUUGCAGCCGGUGGACUGUCGGGGUUACUUCCAGGAGACCUGAUUCUAGAAUAUGGCUCUGUUGAUAUGAGGAACAAAACGGCUGAAGAAGCUUACCUAGAAAUGCUGAAACCAACAGAGAAUGUCAAACUAAAAGUACAGCAGAAAUUAGAGGAAUUCAAUAAAAUCAAAGACCAAACUGGGGAUGGAUUCUAUGUCAGAGCACUUUAUGAUAGAACAGCAGAAAACCCUCAGGAACUAAGUUUUAAGAAGGACGAUAUCCUGUUUGUGGAUGACACCCUUCCUUUGGGAGCUUUUGGUGCAUGGAUGGGUUGGCAGCUUGAUGAAAAUGCUCAGAAACUGGAGAGGGGCCAGAUCCCCAGCAAAUACAUGAUGGAACAAGAAUUCUCCCGUCGUCUCAGUGUUUCAGAGGCAAAAGAUGAAGGUGCUGCUGGGAAGACUCUUUCUGCUGCUGCCAGGCGCUCUUUUUUCCGAAGGAAACACAAACACAAGCGGAGUGGGUCUAAAGAUGGCAAGGAACUUCAAGGGCUUGACACAAUCAGCACAGAUUCCAUCCCUUUUCUAGAUGAAUCUAUGAACUUGGCAUACCAGCGAGUUCAGAGGGUCGACUGCACAUCACCUCGCCCUGUGCUUAUUCUUGGACCAUUAGUUGAUGCUGUGAAAGAUAUGCUUGUCAAGGAGUCCCCAGGGAGGUUCUGCAGAUGUCCACUAGAGGUAAUGAAAGCUUCACAACAGGCCAUAGAACGUGGGGUGAAGGACUGCCUUUUCAUAGACUACAAGAGGCGAAGUGGGCACUUUGACGUCACCACGGUUGCUUCAAUAAAGGAGAUUACAGAAAAGAACUGCCACUGUCUGUUGGACAUAGCCCCUCAUGCUAUUGAGCGUCUUCACAGUGUCCACAUCUAUCCCAUUGUCCUCUUCAUCCGGUACAAAAGCACUAAGCAGAUAAAGGAACAAAAGGACCCAAUCUUUCUAAGGGACAAAGUUACACAGAAAAAUUCCAAAGAGCAGUUUGAAUCUGCACAGAAGGUUGAGCAGGAAUACAGCAAGUAUUUUACAGCUGUAAUUCAAGGAGGUGCACUGGUCAGCAUUUGCACUCAGAUCCUGGUUAUUGUGGAACAAGAACAAAACAAAGCCCUGUGGAUCCCAGCCAAUGCCUUGUGA